GCUCCGGGCUUCUCGAGCUGUGCGCAUACUCCUGAGAUGACCAUACCCUCCUCUUCCUGAGCUUGACAGCUUGUUCAGAUUAUGGAACAUGGACUCAGUUGGUUUAUCAUCAACUCCUUCCGGAGGCAGGGUCGCCUUGGGAGGACCUGCAGAUGCUUUUGCCGGCUGACGCAAAACGUAACGGCGCGUAGACGGACCGCCAGAUUUUGGUGGUGGCAUCUCCCCAGAAAUGUGCCAAGCCCCAUUUACAAGCCCCAGUCAGAGAGGCACCAUCAUAAUGACUUCAGUGAACUACUUCAGCUGGAAGCUGUGACGAAGUACAUUGAUGGUCUGAAAGAUGAAUACAAAGAAGUCAAGAACAGAUUGAAUUGCAUCCAGCUACGUGGGGAAGAUGGAAAGUUAUUAAGUAGACGUCACGUCACCCUGGCUCCACUUGCUUCACUUUUGGAAGAGCUGCAGUCGUCAGAAAAAGAUUUGUUCGAGUUGGAAUCAAUGUACAAUAAUCUGAAGGCCCGCGAUGACCAGGAGUUGAUACCAUUGGUCCUUGAAGAACGCCAGCGGCUGAACAAAAAUAUGACGGUUUUACAGGGAAAUAUCCUACGGAUGCUGGUGCAAAAGGAGAAACAUGACGAAAGCAACGUGAUCCUUGAGGUGACAGCAGGAAGAACAACAGGAGGUGACAUUUGCCAGCAGUUUACAAGGGAGAUUUUCGAUAUGUACAAACACUAUGCAGGCUUCAAGGACUGGAACUUUGAAGUGCUGAACUACACUCCUUCAGACUAUGGAGGAUUGCAUCAUGCAUCAGCAAGUAUUUCAGGGGAGAGUGUCUAUCGCUUUUUAAAAAAUGAAGGUGGGACUCACAGAGUUCAGAGGAUUCCUGAAAUGGGCCUAUCAUCGCGAAUGCAACGGAUCCAUACUGGCACCAUGACUGUCAUCGUUCUCCCCCAGGCUGAUAAGGUCGACAUUAAAGUAGAUACCAACGAUUUGAGGAUUGAUACCUUUCGAGCUAAAGGAGCAGGGGGACAGCAUGUGAAUACAACAGACAGCGCAGUGAGAAUUGUUCAUAUUCCAACAAGUUUAACAGUAGAAUGCCAACAGCACCGAUCACAGUUGGAGAACAGGAAGCUUGCCAUGCGUAUAUUGGAAGCAAAACUAUAUCAGCAGGUUGCAGAGAGAGGGCUGGAGCAGAGGCAGAGUACUCGGAAAUUACAGGUUGGAACAAGAGCACAAUCAGAGAGAAUUCGAACGUAUAACUUCACCCAAGACAGGGUGACUGACCACCGGAUUAACUACGUUAUCAGAGACAUUAAGGAGCUUCUGAAUGGUGGGAGACAACUGAAUGAAUUGAUUAAUAAGCUUCUGGAGGCAGCAGAAAACGAAGCUGUUCUGGAACUUAUAGAAACUAGAAAUAAAUGAAUUACUGAUGCGAGGUAAAGCUAAAAUAAUUGUAGAAUGAAAUAUUUGAAAGAAACAAUGCAAACUAAUGUAUGAUUUUCUAAAAGCAACCUCUUCGUAUUAAAAUUCAACUUCUGGCUA